AUGGCCGCCGCACCCGACGCCUCGUCCUCUUCCACGCCCACCCGCGUCGCACAGCCGCAAUGGCAAGUGCCCGCAAAGGCCGUCCCAGAGCCCCAGCUCAAGGUCUACAACAGCCUCACACGCACAAAGACGCCCUUUGUGCCCACAAAAGGUCGCUCCGUCGCCUGGUACAACUGCGGGCCCACCGUAUACGACGCUAGCCACAUGGGACACGCGAGAAACUACGUCACUCAGGACAUUAUCCGCCGCAUCCUCCGAGACUACCUCGCCUACGACGUCCACUUUGUCAUGAACAUCACCGACAUCGACGACAAAAUCAUUGUCCGCGCCAGGCAGGCUCACCUCGUAAAGACGUUCCGCGCACAGCAUCCCACCCUCUCCCAACCCCUCCUCCAGACCGUCCAGGAGGCCUGGUCCGCCUACUUUGCAAAGAACGUCGAGCAGUUUGCGCCCCCGCUCCCGCCCCAGGAGCGACAGGGCGGCCUCGCCGCCACCGCGGAAAAGGCUAGGGCGGGCGAGGCCGGCUUCGAGGAGGUCGCGCGCCUCAGGCAGGAUGCCGCAUGGCUCAAGCAGGCCUCGGAAAAGGAGCCCAAGUUCGCCAUGUGGUUCGCCGCCCUCGAAAAGUCGAGAAACGCCCAGAUCGCCGCAGCAAUGGCCCUCGGCGCCGGCGACGCCUCGAAACAGCAGGCAAAGGACCUGAUCGACGCCUCCGAAGACGUCCUCAGCCUCCACCUCGACAAGGCGCUCGGCCACACCGUCACCGACCCUGCCGUCUUCCGCGACCUGGCCGCCUUCUGGGAGGCCGAGUUCUUCAACGACAUGAAGCGCCUCCACGUCGAGCCGCCCACCACCCUCACCCGCGUCAGCGAGUACGUGCCCGAGAUUGUCGCCUUCGUCGAGCGCAUCGUCGCCAACGGCUACGGCUACGCCGAGGGCGCCGACGAGGGCAAGAAGAAUGUCUGGUUCGACACGCGCGCCUUUGACGGCGCAAAGGCCCGCGGCGACGUCGACGGCGACUUCUGCCACAGCUACGCCAAGCUGCAGCCGUGGUCCAAGGGCAACAAGGAGCUGCUCGAGGAGGGCGAGGGGUCGCUCUCGACAUCGGCCGCCGCCACCGUCGGCAAGCGCGCCGCCUCGGACUUUGCGCUGUGGAAGUCGUCCAAGCCCGGCGAGCCCGCGUGGCCGUCGCCGUGGGGGCCCGGUCGGCCGGGCUGGCACAUCGAGUGCUCGGUCAUGGCGAGCGAAGUGCUGGGCACCACGAUGGACGUCCACUCGGGCGGCGUCGACCUCAUGUUCCCGCACCACGACAACGAGAUUGCCCAGAGCGAGGCCCACCACGACUGCCGCCAGUGGGUAAACUACUUCCUCCAUACGGGCCACCUGCACAUCGAGGGCCUCAAGAUGUCCAAGUCGCUCAAAAACUUCAUCUCGAUCGACGAGGCCCUCGAGCGCUUCACGGCGCGGCAGCUGCGCAUGAGCUUCCUGCUGCAGCCGUGGAGCUCGCGCAUGGACUUCAAGGCGAGCGCGCUCGGCGAGGUCAAGAACGCCGAGAGCACGUUCAACAACUUCUUCGCCGGCGUCCGCGCCAAGGCGUCGGAGCGGCGCGCGCUUGGUGCCGCCUACUCGGACGGGCAGCACCACUACGAGCAGGCCGAAAAGGCGCUCAUGGCCUCGCUCGACGAGGCGCAGCGCGCGUUCCGCGAGGCCAUGUGCGACUCGUUUGACACGCCGCGGGGCAUGGAGGUGCUGCUGGACCUCGUCAGCAAGGCCAACGUGUACGAAAAGAGCAAGGCUAGGCGGACCGACGUCAACGUCGGCGUCCUCGAGGCCGUGGCGCGCUACGUGGGCGACAUGCUCAAGAUGCUCGGCCUCGGCGAAGGGCCAGCGGCCAGUGACGCGCUCGGCUGGGGCGACGCCGCGUCGGGCGAGGGCGCAGGCGCCGCCGACCGCGACGAGGUGCUGAUGCCCUACCUGCGCGUGCUCAGCUCGUUCCGCGACAGCAUCCGCCAGCUCGCCCGCAGCGGCGCGUCGGCCGGCGACAUCCUCAAGCUCGCCGACGCGCUGCGCGACAAUGACCUGGUCGACCUCGGCGUCGCGCUCGAGGACACUGAGGAUGGCAAGGCGCUCGUCAAGCUAGUACCCGCCGAGCAGCUAAGGGCCGCCAAGGCGGAGCGGGAACAAGCAGCGGCGGAAAAGCAGGCGCGCAAGGCGGCCGCGGCCGAGCAGGCGCGGCUCAAGCGGCUCGAGAACCUCGAGCGGGGACGUAUCGCGCCCACCGACCUCUUCCGACCGCCGCACGUCGGCGAUGCCGAAUUCACGGCGUGGGACGAGCGCGGCCUGCCCACCCUCGAUGGCGAGGGCAAGGAACUGGCAAAGAAGAGGAGGAAGAACCUCGAAAAGGACUGGGACAAGCAGUCGAAGCUCCACCGCGACUUUUUGGAGGCCAGGGAAAAGGGCGAGAUUCAGUAG